GGAUCCAUUACUUUAAAAGGAGGAAGAGGCUGCUACAUCACAUCGCUGUAUUGCUUUGCGGGGUUCACUUGUAAAUCGGAUUUUAGCUCUCUGCAAGACACGUCAAGAAUAUCUAGAAACUCGGGAAAUAAUGAAACAAAUAGUGCUCAUCCUUCUAGCUGGUUUGCUGGUCGGAGGAACAGGGGCAUGGCCUUCACUAUGGAAUACCAAAAUCGUCAAACGCGAUGCGAAUGUCGCAGAUGACAAAGAAGAUGAUGCGAAAGGUGCAAACACUAUUUUCGAUACUGGAAAUGAUGACAGUGAACAAGAUAAGAAUAACAGCAUCGCUGACGUAAAAGUGGACUCACGAGAGGAUAUUGGUAAACCUAAAGCAGGCAAGUUGAAGAAAAUUCGGAUAACGAAAGCACGUAAUAUGAAAGAAAGAAAGAAUGAACCUAAUGACUUGGCUGAUACGAAACGUGAAAUGAAUUGUUUCAAACUUAAAGAAAAAAUGGAAAAUCAGCGUGACGGACAGGGUUUGAAUGAAGAGGACCAAAGCCGUAUGGAAAAAUGUUUGAACAAAGAAGCCGAUAAAGGUACAAGCAGAAAGAGCAAGAAGAGGCAGAGCAACGAUAAAAAGGGAAAUAAAAGUGAGGACAGUGGUCAAACGGAAAAGAAGAAUAAGGGCAAUGGCAAAACGGGAAAGGAAAAAGAGGACAGUGGCAAAAAGGGAAAGAAAAAUGAGGACAAUGGAAAAACGGAAAUGAAGAAUCAAGGCAGAAGGAAAAAGGAAAAGGAGAAUGAUUACAAUGGCAAAAAGGGAAAGAAGAAUGAGGGUAGUGGCAACACGGAAGAGAAUAGUGCAGGCAGAAGGAAAAAGGAAAAGAAUGAGGACAGUGGCAAAACGAGAAAGGAAAACAAAGAAAGGUUCCAGCGGAAGAAGGCAGGUAAAGACUGAAAAUACUGAAGACUGAAAAGAUGUUGAUGAUACGGACAAUGAAACAUAUUCUCAAAUUUCUGUAAAAUUUUCACAGACACAUUUUUCUACUUAGCUUUUACAGUGUUAAAUCUAGUACAGUCAAAUCUGUGUGUAAAGAACACCUCUGGAAAAAUAAAAAAGGGCUGUUUGUCGACAGAUGGUCUCUCUACACAGGUUACUUUACACUAUUAAUGGAUGUAUGACUGAAAAUAUUGGCCUUAUUAAGCAGGAUUUCAGGUUGUGAUAUUCUGUAGUACACAUUUGACUGUAUAUUGUUUCUCCUUGCGAAGUAUUCAUUACAAACAACAUUCUCUGGAUAAAAUCCUGUCUAAAUUUGUUUAAAAUAAACUUUUUUGCACACCUAUGAACGUAUGGUAAUUUUGUGAACGUAUUGUUAUUCUACUAAGUAUCAAGAUGCUUCUGAAAUUAUGAUAUUUAAAUUGGUUUUGACAAAUAUAUACAACUAUGUUUUAGUUAUCUAUUACGUUAUUUCUCAUUGUUAUUUCAAACUAUGUGUAAAUAAUAAUAUCCAAUGUUACACGCAAAAUAUGCAUGAUUCGUUAAGACCAAAAACAAUGAUUUCAAUACAACCGCUUGUAUAGGAAACUUUCAUAAUGAUAUAAAUUGUCAGUUUUGAAAAAAAAUAUGCAUGUUAAUAAAUUUCUUUCUGCUGCUUU